GUUCGCAGUUAUUUAUUUGUUACACGUAACUCAAACUGUGCUUAUAUUUUUCAAUGGGUUAUUUUAGUGGGCUUAUACAUAUUAGAGACUGGGCUUAUAUUUUUCGAUAGGGCUCCUUGGGUGGGCUUAUAUUAAAGAAGGGCUUCUAUUAGAGUAUUUACGGUAUAUUAUUUAACUAAUGAAAAAAACUUUUCAGUAAUAAACUUAAUAAUUAAGAGAAAAUUAAAUGAGCUUUUUAGAAAUUAAUGAUUGUAAUAAUUUAUAUAAAAUAAUUGGUUGUUCUAAAAACGCUACAUCUGAUCAAAUUUUGGUUGAAUAUAAACAAAAAGCUCUUUUGUUACAUCCGGACAAAAUUAAAAAUAAAAAUAUAUCUGAGGAUGAAAUUAAAGAAAAUUUUCAAAAAUUACAAUUUGCAAAGGAUAUUUUAACAAAUCCACAAAAACGGAAGCAUUAUGACCUUUGGAUGGAUGUUGGUUUUUCAGAAUUUUCUCUUCAAGAAUGGAUGAAUAAUCAAGAAAAAUUACAACAAACAUUACAUUGGGGACAACAAAAAGAGAAAGGAAAAUUAAAGGGAAUAUCAGCAGAAUGUAAAGAUAGAGGAAAUGAAUCAUGGAAGGGUUGUAAUUCACCUACGUCGAGAGCUUUUAGAGAAUAUAAAAUAUAG